AUGGUGCUAAGCUCCCUCUUCCACCUCACGACCUCAACGCCGAAGGAGGUAUCAGAGCCCUCGCCGCCUCCGUCGUCGAUGUCUGAUAGCAGCACCACAAGCCGUGCGGAUUCUCUUCUGCCGAGCGCGGUGACGGACGCAUCUCUUCUCACACCAGCGACCUCCAACUACAACGACAUGCAAGAGAAGGAGUACGAAGAGCUCGCCCCAUCUCAUCAGUCCACAUUCACAGGUCCCCCUGCCGUCAAGUAUCCUUAUACCCCCUCAGAAGCACUCCUCGACCUCCCCGGCGUCAGCUACGCGCUCGAACUGUUCUUGAAGAGCCAAAUGUUUGAGAGCGAGGAGUAUUGCCACAAAAGCGACGAGACCAAAGAGCGGCUGUAUUUUGCGACGGGUUAUGGGCUUAUUCAGUGCGUCAAGGGCCUCAUGAGCUACGAGGACGAUGAUCUACUUUCGGCAAUUGGGCAUACGAAGCAAGGGAAUCACAUCGCCAGUCAGCAUCGCAAGAAGCAGGCCUUUCUUGGUUCUAGGAUCGCCGGUUACGUCGUGUCCACGCUGCACUCGUCUGGCAUUGGCUUCAUCAAGGGAAUGACAGACGUCGAGCGCCACGCUGAGCUGGUAUACGCGGAAAGCUUGUUCGAGAAGGCGCUGUUGGGGAUCGUGUACUCGGGUGAUUGGUUGGCGUUCAUCAAGGAGGCCCUGAAUAUGAGGACAACGAUCACGAUCUACCGGCAACUUGGGCACUAUCUCGAUGCGAUGGACGAAGCGGCACCCGGCGGUGUUGACAGAAGUAUCGAUCCUCAUUUCCGGUCUGGCGUGUACCUUGGUGUUGGGAUGAGCAACAUUAUUUUGAGCUUGAUUCCCGGCAAACUCGCCACACUGGUCGAACUUUUUGGAUACAAGGGCGAUCGCAAGGCAGGGUUGGAGCUUCUGCUCAAGGCGGGUGGUUGGGUCGAAGGUGACGAGGAGCCAACAAUUAGUGCAGCGGACGAGGGAGUGAGGAGAACGAUCUGCGACAUGGCGCUGCUCAUCUUCCACUUGGUUCUGUCGAGCUUCACCUUUGACGGCGUGGACAUCAACGUGGCAAGCAAAAUAUUGAAGUGGAAUCUCAAGCGGUAUCCUAAUGGCGUCUUCUUCCUCUUCGGUGCCGGCCGCCUGAGCCUAUGUCGCUCACAACCUCGGCAAGCGAUCGAGUACUACACCAAAGCUAUGGAAUCACAAUCGCAAUACCGGAAUUUGCACCACAUCAGCUUCUGGGAAAUCGCUAUCUCGAACCUUGCGCUGUGGGACCUGGAGGCGAGUUUGGCUUGCUGGAGAGAUCUGGAAGCGGAGGCCACGUGGUCGAAAUCGAUCUACUCGUAUGGAAUGGCAGUUUGCAUCCUCGAAAUCUGCGGCGACGAUAAGAAACGGACAGCGGAAGCAACGAAGUUGAUGGAAAAGGUGCCUCACGUUAGGCAGAAGAUCGCCGGGAAGAGCAUACCGCUCGAGAAACUCGUAGCUCGUAAAGCUCGCAAGUUCAUCAGUCAAGGACACCGUCUCGCCCUUCCUGCACUGGAAAUUGCAUACCUCUUCCUCGCCAUCGCACAUGCGCCGCGGACCGUAAUUGUCACAAAAAUGCUGCCCGAAGUCGACGGCCUCUUGGCGGAACUCGACAAACACAAGAGCAAGAGCGACAAGGAGAGAGAGGCUGCCUACGCCAACGGAAAGGGUGGAUACUGGGACGACUACUGUUUGGCUAUGUUCCUCAAGGGCGUGUGCAUGCGAUAUGUUGCAUAUCCUGAUCCUGACGCUGAGCUGGACCCCACGGAAAUCGUCAGCAUUCCGAAGGAGGACGCAGAAGAGGCUGCCGAGACGUGCUUCCGAGCUGUUUUCGAGCACGGACCGAAGAUCGAACUCGACCAUCACCUCGUGUACCAUGCCCACUACGAACUUGGCCGCCUUCUUGCAUGCCAAGGGAACACCGAUGGUGCUCGGGAGGAAUUCGAGCUCGUACUCUCCGGAAAACACCUCGAGGUUGGUCCGAGUGGGAAGAAGGGCAAGUACAGUAUGGAGAAUGCCCUGCAUAUCAGAACACACGCCGCCAACGAUGCACUUCACCACAAACGACUCUGA